UGCAGCAUUGUCAGGAGCACCAGGAGCGGCCGUGUCGUCGAAAGUGGCGAAAUGCAUCGGUGCAUCGUUGGUGCUCCUCGGAGGGCUUCCUGCUGACGGCCCUUGUUCGUGGGUGCUGCCGGGCUUGCUGCCGAGGAUGCGCGCCGAGACCAAGAGGCCACUUGAGAGGGCCGAAGUGGGCUUUCGACUGGGAGUCUCACCUCUUCAGCGAUAUUGAUUCCCAAAUCACUCCUCGCAGGCCAGAUGAGUGAUUCAACGACGCGGCCGUCGUCGCCGCGAGGAUCUCCGGGCACCCUCGAGACGCAGCUGGACUCUCUGCUGGAGACGUUCAAGCGAAGCGCCACCAGGGCCAUGAUGGAGUCCCCCGUCUCAAGUUCCUCCUCGCCCUCCCAGGAUCAGGGCAGCGACACCGACAUUCCAGGUCGUUUGUUGCGGUUCCGGCUACCGUCGGCCCGUCGGCUGCCCUUCAACCUGAGUUUGAAGCGUAGUCGCAGCGGCGUGAGUGCCCUGAGCUCCGAGCAAGACUCGCCACCCUCAGACAACACGUCCUCCCCGUCCUCGACGGCGCCACGGUGCCCCUUGGCGUCGUCACGCAGCGCUGCUCACGCGCCGCAUCGGCGCUCACUGCCCGGCUUGCUGGAGGCUUCAGGGGCCGCCUCCUGCGCCUCCAGCCCUGUGCACCAUUCCUCCAAGUGCUGCAUCUCCACCGCAGACCUCACUGCCAACCCCCCAGAUGACGGAAUGGUGGACGUGGAUUAUGAGCUCACGCUUUGCGACGUCGCCGAUGUUCUGCGCGGCAGAUACGCGAUCAUCACAGGUGGCAAAUCCCGAGAUGGUCGGCCCCUCAUUACUUUUCCGGACCUUGGCAAUUUCUCCUUAUUGGAGGACGAAGAUUACCAACGUCUUAUGGUGUACCUGACCUCUGUUCCCUCAAUGCAAGAGGCAGAUGUGGGUUUUGUAUUGGUGAUAGACCGGCGAAACGACAAGUGGAACUCAAUUAAGACGGUUCUUCUUAAAAUCUCAGGUUUCUUUCCUGGCCUUAUUCAUGUGGCUUAUGUACUGCGACCUGCAGGAUUUUUGCAAAAGGCCAUUUCUGAAGUAAGCAACAAGCUGUUCAAAGAUGAAUUCAAAUUUCAAAUGCAAAUAUGCAAUAGUGUGGAAGAGCUGCACGAGUACGUCGAUGUCAAUCAAUUGACCCCUGACCUCUCAGGUACUCUGCCCUACAGCCAUGAAGAGUGGCUCCAGCAGAGAUUCGCUCUGGAGAAGUUCUCGAACGUAACCCACCAAGUGUCAAAACAAUUGCACGAUUUCACGCAGCGGUUACAAGACGCCGGUUUUCCGAACGACGUCGCCUCGACCACAAAGAUGAUGAUUGAGCAGGAGGACGAGUACUCAGAGCUUAAAGAACAUAUUUUGAAUGCUGCCAAGCAUGGAGAAAAUUUGCUUGCUGAAAUAAGACAAUCACCCCAGACGCUCAGCAUAAUAGCUGACUCUCAUCAAAGUGAUGCUUAUCAAACAUUCCCAGACAGAAUUUCUAAUGUCUCAGCAGUUGAAAGAUUAUUGGUGCAACUGGAAGAGACUGAAAGGACUUUUGACGACUUCUGGCAAAGUCACUAUAUAAAAAUGAGUCAAUGUCUCGAGCUGCGACAGUUUGAGCAAAAUUUCCGCGAACUGCAGACCAAAUUCGACGACCACUUAAGCGUCAUCAGCCACAUGACUGAGAUUGGAGAGUCCGUCAACCGAGUUGACUACCUCAUCAACGAAGCAAAUGUAUUUGAAAGGAAAUGCUUGUUUGAUUUGGAGAGAGCAGAGGAGUUGCAAGGAAUAGGAACCGAAUUGAUGAGUAGUAGACAUUACGGAAUGGAUUCAAUCAGACCAAAAUGUGUAGAGCUUUGCCGAAUGGCGCAAAACCUGGGGGAGAGACUGCAACACAGGACUGCCUUGUUGGCCAAAUGCAGAGAACUCCAAGAACGGAUAGAGCGGGCCAACAAGUGGUGUGCCGAGGGUAUUGAAAUGUUGGCUCAGCCAAUGGAGAAAAACUCAACCCCAGAGCAGGCCGAACAGGCGCUAACAGACUUGGAAGCUUUCAAAGCUGCGGGAGCGGAAUGGGGUGCUGUCAAAUCCAUAGACUUGAAGCAGACUUUUAAGGACGUUAUAACACCUGAGACAAAGGCAUUAGUUCAACAGGUGGUAACCAGAGUUGAAGACGUUCUGAUGAUGUGCGACCGAAGGCAAGAGACGUUGAAAAAACUGGCUGUCAAACCAGCACCAAAGCCUGUCCAGCAGGUUAAUCCUGAACCAGCAAUGCCUCUGGCCACGUCUUACAGUAGUGGAAGCUCAGAUGAUUCUAACCAACCACCCUCUAUGACAAACUUCAAGAGAACAAGAGCAAUUAGGAAGGAAUCUUCCACUGAUGUCAGUGGCGCAGUAAAAGGGGCUAAUAGCCAGAGAACUGGAGAGUGGCCCGAUUCAUCAUCACCUGACAGUGAAGCUUCGAACCAUGACCACGAGGCUUUAAAGACCAAACGUGGUCAUGUUCUGGCCGAGCUGCUGGACACUGAGAGAACUUAUGUGAGCGAAAUGGCCAGUAUUUUGAGAGGGUACAGAGACGAACUGCAUGUAGCAGAAAAGGAGGGUCGUGCCCCUGUCCAAAUUUACGGAAAGUCUGACGUGCUUUUCGGCAAUCUAGAAGAUUUGCAUCGGUUUCACAGAGAUGUGUUUUUAACGGAUCUUGAAAAUUGUAUCACUACUCCUGAACUUGUAGGGCUGUGUUUUGUGCAAAGGAGGGAGUCUUUUCACCGAAUGUACAGUACGUACUGUCAAAAUAAUCCCAGGUCUGAGGCUUUGAGGCAAACUGCCGGCGAGCAGCAGUGUGCCUUCUUCAAAGAGUGCCAACAGAAACUAGACCACAAAUUGCCCCUGGGAGCAUAUUUGUUGAAACCGGUGCAACGAAUCACCAAGUACCAACUGCUGCUCAAAGAUUUGUUGCGCUAUUCCGAGGACCUGCCUAAUAGCCUUAAGGAACUGCAGAGUGCACUCGACUGCAUGCUGGUCGUGCUGAAGUGCGUCAACGACAGCAUGCACCAAGUCGCAAUUACGGGCUUUUGGGGGAAUUUAAUGGAACAAGGUGAACUUCUGAUGCACGGACAGUUCAACGUAUGGAUUGAGAACAAAAAAGAUCGUCUACGAGAGUUAAGGCUGAAGCCUAUGCAAAGGCAAAUUUUUCUCUACGAAAAAUCUAUCUUGUUCUGCAAGAGAGUCGGUCGUGAUCCUGAAACUGCAACCUAUCAGUUCAAAACAUUUUUGCAGAUGUCCCAAGUUGGCUUGACUGAAAAUGUCAGAGGAUCAAAAGGAGACCAGAGAAAGUUAGAAUUGUGGUUGCAAGGCCGUCAAGAAGUUUACACAGUCCAGGCGCAAACCAUGCAGCACAAGGAGGCUUUCUUGAAGGCCAUUAAACAGGUCUUGCUCAGCCAGCUGGAGCAACUCAAGGGUGAUGCCCAGAAAAAACUGCAAAGGGGAAUGUCCCAGAGUGCCCUUACAUCCCAAAGGCCCCUCCGUCAAACUUCCUCGUGGGAAAGUCAAGCUGGCCAGACCAUUACCUGUCCAACAUCGAAUGUGACUGUAGUCAUUCCUGUUCAUAACAAUAACGGAAUGAAGAGAAGAAGUAGCCGCCACAUGAGCUCGGACGCUUCGGGUGGAAGCGCUGCCGAAAGGGAGGAAGACGAGGCUGGUUGGAGCUCCGACUACAGUAACAGCGACGAGGAGGAGAGCAACCAGGACCCAUUUGGUGCAGAGACUUCAGAAACGUCAGCCAAAAAGUUCACGGCUCUUGCCGACUACUGUGCAAUGGGCAGCUCGGAAGUGACGAUGCACGAAGGGGACGUGAUAGAGCUAUUAAAAGUUGGAUGCGCUGGUUGGUGGUUCGUUAAAGUUUUAGGAAGCCAACAAGAGGGGUGGGCGCCUUCCGCUUACUUGGAAGUGAUAGGCGGCAAGAAAAUGAGCAGGCACAGUUCGCCAUCAGUGAGUAGUCAAGACAGUGGUAUGGGGACAAAUAAUGGCCGUGGACAGCCAUAAGUGGACUGGUGAUCAAAAUCUAGUCAAGUUUAUCUGCGCCUCGUAUGAGGAUGAAAAUCAUCGUUUACUAUAACUGUCAGUUCUAUUCAAUAACUUAUUUCACUGGACUCUUUGUACGUUUCUAUCUGAGCUAUACUUGCAAAAUUUCCAAAUAACGACUUUUCUGUGUAGAAUUAAAUUGAUUUCAUAGUCAUCGAAGUGGCCAAGUUAAAAUUUUCCCUUAUAGUAGGAUUUUAGCUUUUCCCAAACAAUUGGCAGUACAAACUCCUUUUCGGCUUAAUCUUUCUUCUUACAUAACGCUUAUCCCUGUCUAAAAGUAUAUAGGAACGCCACAAAAUUGCUUGAAAAUUAUAUAGUGCCAGAAGUAAUAAUUGUUAAUUAACUGAGUUUAUCAGUACAGACAAUAUAGAACUAACGAUACACUGCAAAAUGUAUUUGCUCAUGAUAGCCCAGGAGAAAUCGAAAAUCUCACCCAACAAAUCUAUGUAAAUUCUAUUGAAAACUUCUCAUGUUAUAGCUGUAAAAACCCAACUAAUAAGAUGAUACACAAUCCAAUGUAUAUCUCUGUGACUUUUGUAUUCCUAAUGUAACUUUCAGACUUUCUAUCUGUAAAAUGUUCAAAAUUAUUUAAAAUUCUUGUUGAUAAUCCUCAUGUGAUUUCCACUGAAUCUUCAUCCUGAUUAUUUUGAAAGAAAAAAAGAUGCAAAAUUUUGUUGCCAAACAUUUCUAUUAAAAAAUCUCCUCUUGUUAUAUUAUCUUUCGUGGCAUAAUAAUGGUGUGUUUUUUGCUGCACUAGACUCUUUUUCUCUAAAGAACCGUCUUUAUGGGUGUUUACAAGGACAAGUGAAGUAAUGUUAGAAUGCACAAAAAGACCUGAAACACUUCAACGUGUCGAACAAAACAGAAAUAUGAAAUGGACAUCAAUUACUAGUUCUAUCCGUGGCCAGAUAAUAAUAAUUGAGAUUUGUGUCUUCCAGGUGAAUUUUUUAUAGCAAAGCCCAGUCCAGUCUGCUAGACAGAAAAAUUUAAACAAAAUAGCAGUAGCCUGGAAAAUUAUUAUUCAGUUCAGUGUUUUUCUACAUUCAGCCAAUUUAUUUUACUACCAUACUAGAAAGAAAUGUGCACUUUACUGGAUAGAGUGUUGAUGGCCAUGAAAGAUCAAAAGUUAACAAACUUAAAGGAAAGCACAGACUAAUGUUAGCCUAGCACGCACAACUACCUAUCAUAAACGUAUCUGUGUUCUAAAUUGGCUUAAAAUAUUAAAAUACUGAAAGUGAAUGUUCCUCAACGAGUAGAACGAAAAUCUGUCCAGCAGCAAGUUAUGAAAAUUGAAAGAUUGUUCGCCCUUGAAGAGUCCACCAAAAUUUUAUGUGCCUUCGGUUCUUGCUUUUGUAAGGAGAAGAAAAAUAAUUGUUAUGUUGUUUGACGUCCCCUUUUUUAAAGACUCGUCCUAACCAAUAGUAAAACCGAAUCGACUGUCUUAUGUUCAAGAGUGGAAACUCGGACCAUUCUGAUUUAAGUAUUGUAUUUAGAUUAUAAAAUUAACAAUAAAACAAAAAGGUAACAAA